GCCAGCCAUAGGAUGUAAUAACACACAGCCCUUCACUAGAAACAGACACUGUAUUACAGUUCUCUCCAGCCAGUAACUCUGUAGCACAGUUCCAGGGAGCAAGGCAGUAGUCUGCUUCUUGAAUUAGAUCAGUCAAUUGCCCAUUCUCCUCUUUGCUAAGAUGUUUUCGAUUUGGACCACUCUCCUUCUGGCUGGAUGUUUGCUGUUACCUUCAGACUCUCAGCCCGAGAACCAAAAAGUAAAGCAAAGAUCUCUUCGACAAAAAGACUUGGAUAUCAUAGAUAAAGUGAGUUUAUUCGAGAAUAUAUUUUAUUUGUGUAAUUUUUUUUUUUUUUUUAUUAAAUGCAUUAUAAAACAACUUUAUCAAAUUCUGCAGCAAAAUAUAUCUGGUGGAAUAGCAUGUGUAGCAAAUCCCAAGUUUAAAAAGUGAGUUUAAACUGCGUGAGUUUCAUUUAAAAUUCACAGUGUAGAAGCAGACAUUUUUUUUUCUACGUAAAUGAAUACCAGAUGUGGCUUUCACCACUAAUUGUUGUCUAGAAACCGUUUUUUGAAACAAUAAUUCUGUGUCCUGCCCAGAAAUUGCAAUAUUCUUUUUGAUAUGUUAUAACAUGAUUGCUCCCGUUAACCGUUUGAGUCUAAUCGGAAGAGUAAAAAUGUACAGGUCUUUGGCAUGAAGCAAAACCCAAUGUAUGCCUAUUUUCUUCACUUUGAACUGAUAUCACAUCAAAUUCAAAAGCAUUGAACGCUUCUCUUAUGGAUACUGCAUUUAAAAAAAAAAAAAAAGAAUCUUGCAAUUUUAUUUUUGUGUAUUAUUGAUAUUACUUUUUAUUUUCGCGUAGUCUGUCUAUCUCUUGCAUAAAAGGUUCACCAUGUCUUAUUGCUUUUCAUGACCAAAUACAGUUAUAUGGCAAAGCAAAGAAGACAGCUAUUUCAUUCACUACUAAAUCCGCAGAUAUGUGCUGUGCUGUAAUCUAAUUUCUAAGCGGCGACUGAUAUUUGUUCCUGCUUCUUCUAGGCUUCAAUAGUGAGACACAAGUGGUAUCUUCUCUUAAACAUUUUUUUUUUUGCUUGUUUUUCAAUAAAAAAAAUACAAGAUAGAAGUAUGGUGCUCAGCGGCCAACAGAAUAUCAUAUUUGUAGACAAAGUAUAAAUAUUUAAAAUUUACUGUUUUAGUUAUAUUCCAGCUCUACCCAAAUUAUCUGCUGCAUGUUUCCAUUAUAGUGACAUUGAUGGUACAGACAUUGUCCUGACAUGGUCAUCAUGUGGGUCAUCCAAUAAGUCAGCCUUCCUGUUCUAAAAGAAGAUAACCUGGAAACCACCAUUGUCAAGGAUACUUGCAGGCCAAAACUAAGCCCAAUUCAGCCGACCCAUGUUGAACUUUUAUUACUUGAACUCAGGUGAUCUCACAAGCUCAAAUUGCUGACCAGUUUAUACUAUGGAGCAACCUAGAGAAGCAUCAGUGUUUAACAUUGAACUUGCAAGAUCAUGGGUUGGUAAGGAUACAAUGAAACAAUACCAUAGCAGUGGUAGGCAACCAUUGGCACUACAGAAGUUGUGGACAAUAUUUUAACUGAUGCCUUGUCAGGAUUCUGGCUACAAAAGUAUUGUGGGAGAUAUAAUCCACAACAUCAGGAGUGCCGAAGAUUGUCAAUAGAGCAAUGGUUUAAAACGGCACUCAUAUAACAUCAGACCAGAUAUCGCCUGGAGGUUUCCUUGAAAAGUGAUGAUUUAUGGAACAAAACAGUCAUACAUGGCAGUAAAUUAGACUACAUAGGUGCAGACAGGUAUUAUAAAAAAAAAUACAGCAAAAUAAGUCUACACACCUUUUAAAAAUAGGGGUAAAGAGCAAAAAAAAAAAAACCCCACAAAAUUAAAGGAUAGCUGGACACUUUGUGUGUCUACUACCAACUCUUCCUAAAACUUCGGUUCGGACAAAACAAAUUUAUAUUUCGCCCAAAAGUUUUCAGACAAACAAAAAUUUUGGUGGUGCCCCUACCCAGUAAAAGGAGUUGCGAAGCCCUGUGAUUUGACCCAUUAUGCCAUUUCAGAACUGUUUUCUAUGGCAUCAUACGGAGGCAGAUUCAGAGUCCAAAUUCAGAAGGGACAGUGGAUUCAGUAGAUACAUUCUUUCAAACAUAGAUACAAGCACUUACAAACAUUUUACUUCUGCAAUAACAUCUACUAAAUACGGUUUGGAGUUGGUGUUCGAAACAAUUCUGGGAGUCCUACGGAUAAGUAUUUUUAGAUUUGAUUCUAGAAGGAAUGAAAGUUAGGUGAUUGCAUUAUUUAGUGGGUCAUGCACAAGAAAAUAUGAGGGUGGAUAUGGAGCAGUACUUUAAAUAUAGAGUAUAAAUGUGAUAGCUGAGAAAUGUCGAUUAUAUAGGAGUUACAGAAAUCAAGUCAGAUCUUUUCUGAAUAUAAAUGCUGCACAUAGUAGAUAGAUUUUAUAACAUCUCAAUACAGUAGAUUUGGACAUGUGUAGACAAGAUUGUAAAUGUUUGAUUAUUUUGUUUAGUCUAUAACUGAAGUGUUUAUAAGUUUAGAAUGAUUAAUUUUUGUGAAAUAAACAUCACUACUGUGAAUCAAAAAUCUUUUGGCUUGCUGAAUAAAAGCUGAAAAGUCGAUGCAGUAUCCUAUUUAAAGCCUCAGAGAAUUUGCUAGAAAAGUAUAUCCUUGGAAAAUUCCAUAGCUAUGAAUAUAUAGAGAAACUGCAACAUGUCCUUUGUUCUUUAAAGUUCCCAGAAUAAAGUCAGAUAAGAUAUUGAGAUGAUGCAUUUCUUGGUGGACAUUCAAGGCCACGUAACCAUACACCAUGCAAUAUUUCAACUGCUUUGUGUUGAAAGAAAAAUACGUAACUAAGUUAUGUACACCAAAAUACACUAAGGUAUGUACACCAAAAUCGGUAACAAAACUAAAGAUUGCAUAGUUACCUAGUCAUAUAGGCUGAAAAAAAGACCCCAGUCCGCCAUGUUUAGCCUUCCCAACAUUUGUUUCUGUGAUUGAUCAUAAAUAAGAAAUUGAAUGUUCCUGCUCACUUUUAGACUUUAGACAUUUGCUAUUUCUUGAGGUGGUUUAUUAUGUCAGCAUUUAAUCCUCUGUAGUGUACCUCCUAUAAAUAGAUUUUAUAAUGGGAUAGAAAUUCCUAAAACAUGCCUACUCAACAUGAGACACUGACCUUGGACUGUGACCUAAUAUUCCCAUUCAACCUCAGGUCCUAGCACAAAUUAAUAUAAUUAAAGUCACUGUUAUUUAUAUAGCGUCAAUAUACUCUGCAGCCCGGUAUGGUAGGAAAUAAGACAAACAUUUAAUUGCAACAAAACAUGUAUGACGUACGGGAACAGUAUGAUAAAAAUAAACUGAAACAAGCUCACAAUCUAAUACAUAGUCCAUCUCAUCACCUUGUGGCACUAAGGGACAAAGUGGGAUACUAUAUUUUACGAAAACUUCUCCAACCCUGCUAUUUUUGCCUAAAACUUGUAGCACCGUUAUAAACGUUCAUGAAUCCCUAUAGCUUGCCAUUCAUACAUAUAUAUGUAAGGCAAUAUGGCAGUUUCAGUUAACUGCUCUCAAUGCACUUUACAAGACCAUGUUUGUGAAGUGGUUGGCAAAGAGUAGUUUGAGUGUUGCUCUUGAGACAAAAUCAGCACUCACUACAAUACACAGUGAAAGAUAAAUAGAAUUCUGCCGGUUAUUCUCAUGAGUCUAUACAUUCCAAAGCAGUGAUUCAGUGGGUGAUGACACACAAGGCACAUUUGCUAAUUGAGCCGCACCACAAAUAACCUCAUGUUUCAACAGUGGAUGCAUUUCUAACACUCAGGUUAAUUGGCAUCGUCACGGUAAGAUCAUUAGUUGUCUGACAAACAAGUCAUUGAAAUAAACAAGGAAUUUAACAGAGAUCUUUAUCUCCGAUCAUUGUAGAUCACCCAAGUGAUGCACCUUAAACAAAUUAAUUAAGUAUACUGCCAGUAAAGAAAUAAAUCUGGAUUAUAGUUAGUUAUCUCUCUCUGCGCUAGCAAUGUUUACAAUCUGAAACCGGUAUUAAUGACAAAUGUAGCUGGUUAUUAUGUUAAAACAGUGUGGCCAUGUGUAGUUUCUUUUCUACACCAAAUAGAAAAAAAGACAAAAGAAAAAGGAUAAAUAUGAUUUAAAUUAUUUGGAUAAAUAAUAAAACAGUGGAAAAAAAAAACACAUAAAUUAGAAUAAAAUAGAGAGUUAAAAGGAUCUCCCCAGCUGGCCCUUGCAGGGCUGACACUGUUUGAGUAUCGACCCAAAGACGGGGAUCCACAGUGGUGGGAGAUAAAAGAUCUCCUUCACUGGCCAUCCCAUUAUAAUGCUGAGUAGGUAGGAGGAGUAAGCCUUGAAGCUUUGCCGUCUGCACCUCUAUCCUGGAAACACUAUUAGAGUGUUUCUGUGGGUUACCACGGCAAUGCACUGAUACUUUUCACAGGUCGUGUGGAAGGAGCUGUCUGCCCCUACUGAUGCUGUAGACACUGGGCCACCAAGGUAAAGCAUUUCCCCCUCCCUGGCCCAAGCUGAACAAGUGUUAGAAAAUGUAAUCUUGUUUUAUUAAUUCAGUUGGCAUCAUCAUUAAUUUAUUUAUUCUUUUUUUAAUAACUGCCCAUCCACACUAUAGACCCUGUCCCUCCCACACUCACAUUAGAGCAUCUAUACACACUCACACACUAUAGUCACACACUUCCCCUCACACAUACACUGCAACUCCAAUCUACACACACCAUACAGCCCCUAUAUAUCCACACUCUAUACGUCACCUGUACUCUCACAAAAGGCAAACACCAUAUACCACACCACACACAGCCCUCUGCAAACUUCAAUGCAAACAGCACCCUGAACUGGCACAGAACGCCACAAGCAAUUUCCCACUCACACACAACUCACAAACAGCAUCCCUCUCACGCAACUCUGUAACAAGCAGUAUCCCCAUACACAAAUCUCCGAUCAGCCGCCUCAAAAACACACACAACACUAAAGGCUGUCUUCCCACACAUGCAGAGCCUCAAGCAGCCUCUCCCUACACAUGCAUCCUCCAAAUGCAUAUAACACCACUGACAGUGGCGUACAUACCGGGGCCCUGCGACUCGGUAUGCACGCCAGUGUGGCCAGCCUCUUCUCCUGGGGGGCCCAGGAGCUGGGCACCUCAGGGCCCCCCGAGGCUGGCCCUGGUGUCACCGGGUGGCCGGUCCUGCGGGUGCGCGAGGGAGUAUGACAUCAUAUUCCGGCUCCGACAUCAGUACACGGGGCGAGGGAGCUGGGCAGAGAGUGCUCAGGGGAGAGUGCUCCCUCGCGCGCCCGCCAGCCAGACAGCCCACCUGGUGACCCGCCGCCCAGUAGCACCACUGGACCCCAGGGAAUCCCCUCAGCUCUCCCAAAGGUAAGAUUUUUUUAAAUUUAAAAAAAAACAUGUGUAUGUGUGUUAGUGUGAGUUUGUGUGUGUUAGUGUGUGUCUGCUAGUGAGUGUCAGUGAGUGUGUUAGUUUGUGUCUGUUAUUGAGUGUGUGUCUGCUAGUGAGUGUCAGUGAGUGUGUUAGUUUGUGUGUCAGUGAGUGUGUUACUGAGUGUGUUUGUGUGUGUCUAUUAGUGAGUCUGUUUGAUGUCUGUUAGUGUGUCUGAGUCUGUCAGUGAGUAUGUAUGUAUGUCGCUGAGUGUGUCUCUGUCAGUAAAUGUGUGUGUCUGUUAGCUAGUGUGUAUGCAUCUGUGAGAGUGUGUGUGUUUAAAACCCCUUCAGCACUUUCUCCAGCACCAGACUCCCUUGGCGCUGGAGAUCCCUCCGCCCCGAUCCGCCUCUCAGCAAGAGCCGCACGCGCGAUGUUGGAUGUAACUGACGAAUGGGUUUACUCAUGAAGUAUGGUUCAAGACAUACAUUGAGGGCCAGGAGACCCUUUCAGGACCAGAAAGCUGGGAAACCUCUGACCCUUUAAUGCCUGCAGAUUCAGAAGACUGGUUAUCUCCCACAUCUAUUUCAACAGGGUACUCGACAUCUCCUGGCCUUCAAAUUCCCCUUUAACUGACAGCCUACUUGGUGGAGGAAGAGGUAGGGGCUUUAAUGGACCCUAAGUUUAAUUACUUAUUGGGGAGAAACAGAGCCUCUCUAUCUAAUUACAUGCCGGGGUCUUGCAGACCUCAGCAUGUGGUAAUUGUUAGCUUUCAAUGCCAUAGAGAAGAGCAGUUCAUUAAUCAGGAUCUAAUUGUGCAAAAAGAGAGAAACUGCUGAACAGGAAGCAAGGUGAAUGAAGUACAAACAAAAGAAGGCUUUUCAAGGAAAAAAAGCAGGCCCAAUAUAUUCAAGAUGACAAAUGUAAGCUUCCCAACUGUCCUGCCUUCAGUGGGACAAUCACAAUUUCAGGGUCCUAUCCCACCAUCUCGAUUUUGUCCCACAUCCGGGGAAACUCUCCUCAUGCAGCACAGCUCGAGUGCAUCAUUAGAUGUGCAAGCGCUGUGACGCGGGCACUGGGAACAUACACUUCAGCCAUGCCUUUUGCACGGUCGUGUAUGUAGGGGCCACUCGGGAGUCUGACUGUGAAUCUAGUGUCAAGUGUCAGUGGGUGGUCUCUUUUACUUACUAGCUGGCCUGGGAUUUAUAGGCAUCACCAGUGACGCAAGUUACAUUACCAAUGAUGCCCCUAGGUAGGGCUGCUCCUCUACAUGAUUCCACCCCAUCACAAAGUUGGUUGAUAUGCAAAUAGACAUGUGAUCUAAUAUAUGUUUACAACAUAUGAAACAGUUUUGGGCAAGAAGGGGACUCUGACUAAAUAGUUUCUAAACUAAGCCAUUGCUUUGAGAUUAGAGAGCUUGGAGACAUCACUCAUCACCGUGGUAUUAAAAUGGAAACAGAAGAUGAUGGGAGUUACCAAGUCAAUCAAAGUCAGAAGAUGACUGAUAUACUACAUGGCUUUGGUAUGCACGAUGUAAGAGAAGCAAAAAUAACUAUGUAACUCAGUCACCAAAUAAAUAAUGAAACCGAGAAUCCAUUACCUAACAAUAAUCAAUUUUGCAAGAAAACUGAGGAAUUUCUACUCACAGGUAAUGUUACAAGACCAUAUAUUGCUACAGUUGUAGCACACUGAUAAAGGGACUGGAAUGCUGUAACAUGGGCCCUGCAGUACUUAAAAAGCACAAUCCAAAUUAAGUUAUGACUGCCAGCAGUUUUUAAUCCAAAAUUAAUCAGAUUUGUAGGUACUGAGUGAUCCAGAGACACCUGUGAACUAGAGUGGUUACAACUUUCAGUAUGAAGAAGAAAAUACCCAGGCCAGUUCAUUCCAAAGUAAGCCACUGUUACACCUUCUUCAGCUGAAACAUGUACACAGCAGGAACUGAAGUGCUCAGGAUAUUUGGAUCUCUAAACUUUGGAUUGGACAUGUCAAAUUCAAUAUCAGUUCUUGAUUCCAAUCAAGUUUGAAAAGCAGAAAAAGGGAACUGGCUCACUGAAAUAAGGUAACUGUGUGUGUGCUAACAAGGCCUCCUUCAACAACAGAAACUUAAAGAUAAGAAAUGCUGCAACACCAGACUUAUAUUGAUAGGAGAAUUUUAUUCUACUAACAGUGGACUUGGGUCCAGUUUUGGUGGAAUAAAAUUCUUCUAUCAAUAUAAGUCUGGUGUUGCAGCAUUUCUUAUCUUUAAGUCAAUCAAGAUUGAGAGGAUCAGUUCCAGGAUCAAUUCAAGAAACUUGCAAGAACAAGGAGGUAUUGUGAAGGAAUGUCCAUAUGAAGAGAUGACUGCAUUCACCAUUUCCGAGAGUUCAACAUUGCAACUACAGAAAAAUACAGCAGUAGGUAUGCUGUUGAGAAGGAGUUUUGGAGUUGUAAGAUCAUUGAGAGUGUUUGGGAGAUGGAGAUAUAUACAUCUCUCCAAGUAUUUAUUUCUCAGGCUCUGCCUCUUCUUCUCAACCUCUCUCUGUUGAUGUUCUCUAAAGUUCGGUCCUUGGUCCCAUAUUGUUCUUGGUCUAAACUGCCUCCCUUGGUAAACACAUCAGCUCAUUUGACUUCCACUAUCAUUUCUAUGCAGAUGACAUGUAAACCUAGCUGUCCUCUCUUGAUCUCUCCCCGUCCCUCUUGACUCAUUUCACUGGCUUCCUCUCAGCAUUUUCCAACCUGUUGGCUGCCCACUUUCUUGAACUUAACCUGUCUAAAACAGAACUUCUGUUCUUUCCUCCCUAAAGUGUUGCUACUCCCGUGUCUGUCUGUCUCCAAGUUAACGGUGCUACCAUCAGCUCUACCUCGCAAGCUCGCUGCGGCAGGAUUUGACAGUCAACUGGACAUGACUCCUUCACCCCUCAUGUCCAGUCGACUGUCAAAUCCUGCCGCUUCCAUCUCAAAAACAUAGCACGCAUCCUCUCCUUCUUAACGCCAGAUGCAGCUAAGUUGUGGAUCCAUGCUGCUAUCCUCUCUCGCCUUGACUACUGCAAUCCGCUUCUCUCUGGUCUUAUGUGCAACCAACUUCCCCAACUACAGUCUAUAAUGAAUGCCGUGUCGAGGCUCAUCUUCCAUGCUUUCUCCUGUCAGUCCCUGUAUUUGCUUCCCAUAGGCAGGGCCGGACUAAGAAAAUUUUAAUCACAGCGGCCCACUAAGAAGGGGACGAAGCAGAGAGGGUGUGUUUUGUCAUCACCAAUGACAAGCAUGCCCCCUCUCAAAGUGAGCAUGUUGGUUCAAUGCUCUUCCAGGGCAGACCUGGGCUGAGCUCUGCUGAAGAGCUCUAGCAUGAGAAAAAGUCCCUGUAUUUGUUCUGCACAGCUUGCGCUGUGUUUCCUUGCAACUUGUCUCUGGUGUCUUUAUAAAUGGGAUGCCAGGAGACAAAAGGGCCAGGAAAGCAUAUUGUGCAUGUGUUUGGAGCCUGCUUGUGGGAUUGCAUGUGUGUAGAGUGAGCUGAUUGUGGUGUGAUAUUGUGUAAUAAGGUCGGUUUUAGUUGUGUCAGGGGAGCAGUGUUUGUGUGAGGGGUGCUGAUGUAUAUAUAUAUAUAUAUAUAUAUAUAUUUGGAAGUAUUGUGUGUGUGUGUGAGUGUGAGUGGUGCAGUGUGUUGGUGGGGUUCUGUGUGAGAGGUGCAGUGUGUGAGUGAAGGCUGCAGUGGGUAUGUGUGAGGGGUGUAGUGAGUAUGUGUGUGUUUGAGGGGUGCAGUGUGUGUGGGGGGUUGCCGUGUGUUUGUGUGUGUGAGGGGUAAAGUGUGUGUGUGAGAGGGGUGCAGUGUGUGAGAUGGAUGCUGUAAGUGUGAGGGGUGAAAUGUGUGUGUGUGUGUGAUGUGUGUGAGGGAUAUUUAUUUGUACUAAUUAAAUAGCUUUAAAAAAAAGCCAACAUAGUAUUUUCCAUAGAGUCCUUUACACUUAAGAACCAACCAUGGCAUGUCAUGCCAUGUGUGCAGUAGAGCUUGCAACUUGUUGUUCAGGCCUUUGCACAGGCAUUCAGGGAUAAUUAAAUACUAUGUCUCUCCAGCUUAUUAAUUGGUGAUGGCUUCUAACUUUGCAGCAGAGUCCUUAACUGAAUCUUUACAUAUGUUUAAGUCAUUUGGCAACACUAAGUAACUGCUCUGUUUUCUUUCAUUGCAGACAUACCUCUAUGUCUACGUAACGCAUGCAGUGAAUUGGGAAUGACUCGAUGUGCUUAGAUUGAUACUUUUUGGCUCUUUGUGUUAGAAGUAUUUUUUUGGCAGCCACAAACCACAUUUUCUAUUCAGUUCUCUGGCGCAUAUACAGAUCCUUUCAUUAUUUCACAGUUUAUUGAUUCACAUUUUCCAAAUGAUGGUUUUCAAAUCCACAACCCGGGGUAUUUCCUCCAGGCUCUCUUAUCCAGGUUAAAAUCAACAAACUCUAGGAAGCAUGACGAAGGAAAAUGGUGAAGCCAGCCUUGUGCGUUUACAUUGGCAUGGCUAAUGCACAUCUGACCAACCCAAGGAGAGGUUGUGGUCAGUCAUUUUAAGUUACAUUUGUAAGGAGUACUCAGAUACAGAACACCUUAUAGCUGACUAGAUGAAUCCUGGUCUGUUUCUUUAUUACUUAUGUAUAUUGGGUAAACCAGGGAAGGUCUGGCAUCUAUUGGCCUGGAAGCGGGGCAGGUAAGGACAAACAAAUGGCCUUUUUGUGCACAGAACUCACAGAUCUCGAUGUGAACAUUGUAUACACAUGGUGCAUGCAGCAUUUAGGCUUGACAGAUUGAGGCUGCUGGAGUCAUGUUGUGUGACAUAAUAUGUCCCUGCAACCUCCAUGAGUAUGAUCCGAAUAGCAUUAGCUUUUACACAGAUCUGAUCCCCUCGAGUAAACCUCUGUUUGUGUUGGAACAACUGCAAAAUCAAAAAGGUGAUGUAUAAUUAAACAAGCACUGGUGUAGAACAUAAAAAAUUCAGAAGGGGCAUUUAAAAAAAAUAAUAAUUCAGGAAUCAUACAGUUAAUAUUUAAAUACAUAGUUUUGUGGGGAAAAAAAAAGUCAAAUAAUACAGUUAUUUUUCCUUUCAUUGCCACUCAAUGGUGUUGUGUAAGAUUAACUACUUAUUGCAGCAUGCCUUGCAUCCACAGGUUUCUUAUCCUAAUUAACAUUUAAACUCAGGCUUAGCCUGAAUUAGGAAUCCAAUUAUCAAUUUUAUAAAGUAAUCUCUCAUUUUUUUACUUUUUUAUUUUUAUUUCAUUUAGGUUUUCAAAAUAAUGGGAAAGAUAAAGAAAAGAUGGGGGGAAAAAAACAAUAAGGGGGAGAACGUAAAUAGGGGGAACAAUUUUGCCAUUUUCCAAGGAACAAUAGUGGAUUCAAUGUUUCAUAUUUAACUUAAGUGAUAACAAAACAAACACAUUUUGGGAAAAAAAUUGGAAACGCAUUUUACUAAGCUAACAUCAAAUCAUGCUUUGUAAACAUGCCAGCAUUAUAAGGGUUAACUCCAAUAGGUUAACUCUCAUUUUCUAUGCAUUUCAAUAAACCUAGAUACAGUAGCAAUACUUAGAAAAAGAGAUUGUUGGCCAACAAGUAACCUUUCUGAAAACCGACAAUCAAGCGCCAUACAACCUAAAAUAGCUCUGCACAAAGCCAACAUAAGAGGAAAAUUGCAAUGGACUUGCACACAAAUUGGUACUUUUUAUAUUGCAUAAAAUGACUGUGAUUAAAUAUAAGUAUAAUUAUAUACAAUGUUGGUGAUAGUUUAAAACAUGGGUAAGUGGCCUUCAUGAAUAUGCUUGAUAACAUAGACCAGGCAAUGAGCUAUUAAGAACUCCAUAAGGAAUAAUGAAAUGAAUGGCAGGAGUGAAUGAAUUCCAUUGUGCCUAGACACAUAAAACAUGUCUAAUAUCUUUAACAUUUUCUUUCACUUGUCUGUAGUUCAUGGGAUAUAAAAGGGAUACCACAUGUUGUAAAUUGCCCUCCAUUUUCAAAGUGAUCUGGGUGCAGCUAUCAAAUUGUAUUGAAGUAUAAGAAUUACUCUUUUUGGUUCCACUCCACCUUGCCAAAUAUUCUGAAAUUAAGGGCUCUGUUGCUUUGGCUUAAUGAAGCAUUUUCAGUGUAUAGAUGAUGCCCCUGCAAUCUCACUGCUCAAUUCUCUGCCAUUUAGGAGUUAAAUCAUUUUGUUUAUGCAGCACUAGUCACACCUCCCUGCCUGUGACUUACACAUCCUUUCUUAACACUUCCUGUAAAGAGCCAUAUAAUGUUUGGACUUCCUUUAUUGCAAAUUCUGUUGAGUUAAGACUUUUUUUAUCUCCUGCUCUGUUAAUGGGAUUAAAGUUUAUUUUCCAGUGAAGGAGAUAAAAACUUUUAAAGUUACAUCUGACUGAAACUGAAACUCUUUUGUUUUCAUGCAGGCUGUGUCAGUCACAGUCAGGGGAGGUGUAGCUAGGGCUGCAUAAACAGAAACAAAAGUGAUUUAAUUCCUAAAUGGCAUAGAAUUGAGCAGUGAGACUGCAGGGGCAUGAACUAUACACCAAAAAUGCUUUAUUGAGCUAAUGUUUGUGACUAUAGAGUCUCUUUAAACAGGCUGGUAAGGUGAGAUAAGUACCAGGAACCUUGGCCAUUGUUCCCUGUAAUCCAGUCAGUCUUAAUAGCAGACUUGCAGAAACAGUUAUGGAGGGUGCAAAGCUCUGUCUCAGCUCCUCCAGUGUCUGUGUGUGAGUCUGGACAGGAAGUGGAAGGGAUCACUUCCCAUCUGCCCACUAACAGCCUCUCACACAGAAAGUUCCUUGCAGGAGAAGCAGGGCAAGCUCUGAGUGAUGCACACUGUAUAACAGCUCCCGCAGCUCUAAUAUCAUCAGUGUGCCUGAACUACAGUAGUCAUAGAACGGGGAGUACUUUAUAAAUAACCCUUCAAACUGCAGCACUCAAAGCCUAAACCUGAAAAUAAACCCUUUACUUUUAUCUUAUGUGUACAACCUCUUAAAAACUAAACACCUCAUGUACAACAGUACAGAAUUUAACGUAUUCUAGCCCUAAAUUCAAUAAUCCUAAACAGCCCUUAUAUUUUAAUUACACUCCCUCAAGAUGUUAAUCUUCUUAUCACUAAACACCCUAUAACAUUAUCUUUAACUAUGCACGCAUUGCACACUUGCAUACACUCACUACACUCACAGAUUCACAUAAUAAGAACAGAUUACAAGCAGAAUGGAAAUAUGCAAAUACUUUUAUAUAUAUUACAUUUUCAGAUAUGAAUUUUAGAUGUUUUAGGCCUGCAAUGUUCAGUUAAAAUAUUCAUUACACAUACUUUAUCUGCCUUAUUUUGAGGUUGGGGAGUAGGGGGGGCCUUAGAAUGUUGAGCCUACAGGCUCCUGACAUGUAAAUCCAGCCUUGACCACAAUCACACUGCUCAAUGUGAGAGGUAUGCAACUCAGCCAUAGUCAGAAUGGCUCUUUUAACCUGUAUUUUGUAAUUCAGUUAGUAACCCCUGACAUUGCAUAUACUGUAUCUGCCCUGGGCAGAUGUUUAUACAACUGUUUGACUUACAAAGAAAAUAAAAUGACUCAAACAAAUUGAAAUAUGUCAUGCUUAAAUUAGCAUGUUAAUGCAUUUCAUAUACACAAAAGUCAAUAACAAAAUUAUAUAUAAGUAUAUGUUAGCACUCCAGUAAGGGUACCACAAUCUUUUUUAUUUUUUUUGGCAUAAUUAGAAAUCUCUACAAAUUAGGUUUUUGGCUUUUUUUUGCCAUCUUUUGGAUCAACAGCAUAAAAUAAUGGGUUUCAAGGGUUAUACUUGGAGGAUUGUAGUAUUUUCAACCCUGAUUUCUAUGUAACUAUGUAAGUGAAAUUCAUAAAUAACCGUGUAAGUGUUUAUGUGAAUAUUUGUCCAGAGAGCAUUUUUUGCAAUACGUACUGCUGAGCAGAGUGAAACACUGCCAUCUACUGUCAAUUACUGGCAUUGUUGUAGUAUGGAUAACAUACUGAUGGAGAUUUCCUAAUUAUUAUUAUUUUAUUAUUUAUAUAGCGCCAGCAAAUUCUGUAGCUCUGUACAAUGGGUAUAAUAUUGCUACACACAUUCCUGUUUAUAUUUCCUAAUAUUGAUACACACAUUUCCCGUUCUUGUUUUGUCUGUAUUGCUCAUGCUGCUUCACCUUGAAUCUUUGCAGUAUAAUGGUUUAUGUGUGCAAGGACCAAUGGGUCUUCCAGGUCGAGAUGGAACUCCUGGAGUGAAUGGAAUCCCCGGAACUCCUGGAAUUCCAGGUCGUGAUGGAGCAAAGGGAGAGAAAGGAGAAUGCAUGAGAGAGAGUAUAGAAGAGUCCUGGACCCCCAACUUCAAGCAAUGUGCAUGGAACUCCCUGAACUAUGGCAUAGACCUUGGGAAAAUUGCCGUAAGUAAUAAUUUAGCUAUGACGUCUACUAGAUAUUAUUACAUAAUGUGACGGGCUCCUGCACUCUGAGUGAGUUCCUCUAUUUAUAUUUUUCUGCCCACCUCCCCUUAUCCAUUGGCUUAUUUUAGUUUUUCUGCUAUCAUUAAAGCGGCUAUGUCAAUUUUUUUAAAAUUCUUUGGACAUGUUGAAAUCUCCCCCUUCCCCCAGGCAGCUCCAUUUCUUAGUAGUGAAUAAUUUUUAAGCUAUACAUAAGGAAAAGUGGAGACUACUUUUCUUUAUCUAUAACCUCCAGGUUGACAAAAGUUGACAGAGGGUGAAACUUUGGUCUAGCUCCUCGUGCUUUGUCAACUUUUCUCAUUGCUUUUCAAGUUCUUACUCACUUCCUUCCUGAGUCGUGUCACUUCCAGCAGUGACGUGUCAUCAACUGCCUAUGUGGACAGUCAAUGUACUGGGCAUGCAUGUAAUAUCAUACGCACGCCAUUGGAAGGGCAGAGAAAGUUGUUUCCAGCUGUUUUCAAAAUGGCGACACAGAUGGAAGAAAAGGUGACUUGCACACUUGCACUGGUCCAGGGGCCACUAAAAAUGACACUAGGUCUCACACUUCACUUGUUGCAGCCUGGCUGGGUUCACAGGGCCACAAAGUAACAAUUGACAACUUAGCCUUCUCCUCUUUAGAGUGAUCUAACUAUUCUGCUGGCUGCAGCAGUGCCAGUGGCGUGAUACGUGACGUUUAGGUUUCUCAAUCUUCCAUCUCCCCCUUCCUUUUUCCAUUACCAAUUAAUACUGUAAUAAAUAUUCUUGUUAUGCCGGUACAUUGUAUUUCUUUACUUUCUCUUAGGAAUGCACAUUUACAAAGAUGCGUUCACACAGCGCAUUACGAGUUGUCUUCAGUGGGUCCCUGCGUCUUAAGUGUAAGACGGCAUGUUGCCAACGCUGGUACUUUACAUUUAAUGGAGCCGAGUGCGCAGGUCCACUUCCCAUUGAAGCCAUCAUCUAUUUGGACCAAGGCAGCGCAGAAUUCAACUCCACCAUUAACAUUCACCGAACAUCCACAGGUAUGAGUCAGAGGUGAUCUUUGAGAAUAAUUAGAAUUGUAUUUAGCUCUAGGGAUGCAUAUUUUUUAGUCUACUGCGCUUCAGGAAAUAGCUCCACACAUUGCAGUGGCAAAAAAUUAAUCAGUUGCCAGUUUAGCUACUCCUAUAUAACCUUGUUUUGCUCUUCACAAUUUGAAUACUAAAGUUUAUUCUAUUGGGUUUUCAGCAUUUUAAUACAGAAGUCAAAUAGAACAUGGCUCAAAACUAUCAAUUUUUCUCUAGUAUGCCAAAUUUAUUAGAUUUACAAAUGAUUAAAUCGACAAGUCUGUUUUGUUUUUUCUAACUAGUAAGAUGACAGUGACUCAAUGUAAUAAUUCCUACAAAUUACUAUUUGUCUUUUUUAAUUUAGGAAUAAUAUUGUACCGUGUACUAUAGAUUUAACAUUUGCUGCACAGUUUUGUUUUUAUAAACCUGAAUGUUGACCUGCCAUUGUGGAUUAGGUAAAAAAAGAAAAGCGGGAUUAAAUAAAAAAGUUGGAAGGACCCUAGGAAUUGUAUAAAAAUGUUCACAAUUGGCACACAACUUUAAUAUUCAUUGUUUUUUUAAAUCCCUACUCUCCCCUGGCUGGCAUGGAGUGUGCGCAUGCACUCUGAGCUGGUGAAAUGGUCCAAUCAUAGGCUUAUUUAUGAAAAGCCUAUGAUUGCACUGCGUGUGGCCCCAGUGACAUCAGGAGGGAACACAUAAAAGUAGCGUCAGGGGCUUCGCCCAGUGCUGGAUUCAAGGCGAUUAAAACCUGCUUUUUUUAAAGGGUUAUAAUAACCCUUUAAAUAUUUUAUAAAAAGGAGAGUGUAGAAUAUAGACAAAUGUAGAUAUUAACAGUGUCGUUAAAAGGUUUAAGAUGUUUUGUUAGAAUGUUAGGACUAUAGAAUGUUCCACUAAUUGCAUCUGUAGUAUCUUUUUUUUUGUGAGUGUGGUUAGCUUGGGCCUCAAUAUUUUGAGUUUGUAUCAUACAGCUUUAAUUUCUUGAUCAUUCUUCGAUAAUAAAAUGUUUUGCCUGACUGAAUGUAUGUUCCAGAAGCAAAAUCAGCUUAUUGAUCAAAUUUAAUUGAUGUAAUUGAAGAUGUCACUUCUACCAACUUGUCAUGAUUAGCAUGAGAAUAUGAAAGCUAUCUGUGACAAAUUAGGUGUCCUGCAAUUGUAUUUGUGUGCAAAAUGUCCACUUGCUCCUGCUUUGUUAAUGUUACCACUGAACUCUGAGAUCUACUAUUAAACCCCUUUCUUCUAAAUUUCCUGUGUUCUAGUGGAAGGUUUGUGUGAAGGUAUCAGUUCCGGACUUGUGGAUGUGGCAGUUUGGGUAGGAACCUGCGCGGACUACCCAAGAGGAGAUGCAUCUACUGGAUGGAAUUCAGUAUCUCGGAUCAUCAUUGAAGAAUUGCCAAAAUAAACAGUAUAUUUUAGAUUUUGUAUGAAAAAUUAAAGAUUUGAAAAAAAUCCCAUGGGCAGCAAAUAUUACCUCUUUGGAUAAUCAAAAGAAGGUAACAGUGAACAAAAUCGUUUUCAACAUACUGUAUUAUAGAAAUAAAAGUGUUUUUGUGGAUUAUGUAAGUAUUAAUGAUUAACGGGAAUCUACUAAACGUUAUUUUGUCUACAUUUAAAAAUUUUAGAUUUAACAUCAUAUUAAACUUUAAAGUAGAUUGACCACUAAGAGUUUGAAUAAGGUUUGCUUGAGGCAACAGAAUUGAAUCCAUGUAUUUAUUGGCAAAUUGCCAGCAAAUAUGGAGGUAAAAUAAAUAUUCUUACAACCUUUUGCUCAGAAACAGUUAAAUGUUAACACGAAAGACAAUAGAUUCCGUUUGACGCGGUCCAUGUACCAAUAUACAGUCUUGAUGCGCACUAUAUAAAGCUGACAUCUAGUCGAUUGCAGGACAAUUGAAACUUAGAUCCUCAGCUGAAAAUGUAUUGGGAAAAAGUAAUGAUAGUUACCAUAUUUGUGUUUCUUUAGUUUGGAUGUUUGCUAAAGUAAGAUUUUAAUGUGAAUUUCAAAUUUAAAGCCAGAAUUGAAAGAAUAGCCAACUUUGAGAAUUGUAAAAGUUUGGCUAUUUUGAUCUUAAAUUUAAAAUCCAUUUUGAAUCCUCACUUUUAGUGAAUAACCCCAAUAAUGUUAAGUCAUUCUGAACCAUUGAAGGUCAGAACUGUUUGCAAUCGUUUUUUAAAUUUUUUAAUAAUAAAAAUAAUUAUAAACAGACAAUAUACAUCUUUUUUCUUGAAAUACACCACUCAUGGCUGGAAGCUUUGUCACUGGUCCUCAUUGAUUUGAGCUUUAUAGUAAUUAACCAUUCACAGAUUAUUCUUCUACAAAACCUUUCCCAAGAAGCCUAAAUAUAAAACCUUACCUGGUCUAUUCAUACCAAACCAGGAAUUGUGGAGAAUAGACAAUGGGCUUGCAGUUUUAAGCCAACAUGGCAAUAUGAACCUAUAAUUCAUCAGAGAUGUUGAUCCAGAACCUUGACAUAGGGCAGCGUUCUUCAAACAGAUCUUCAGGAAUCUGGAACUACCAACGUGCCAUGAUAAAAAAAAGACAGUCACUAAACUCAAAUUAAAGGAGGGAUAUAAUAUUUGGCCUGCAUUCAGUAUGGUUAAACCCUCUCAAAUCGUCCCCACAGACUGCAACUGAAGAAAAUACCAAAAUAGAUGAAACGAAGCAGUGUUCCCUGUUUCUCAAUGGAGGGUUGCUGAAUUCUACUUGAAUUCAGUGAGGCUGGUUAGCAAAUAGAGUUAACUUGGCAAUCUGUGUAUGUGAAGUUCUACCUGAAUUCAGAUGAAGGAAAGCCCGGCAGACCUGCUUUUGAGUUUCAAUGCAUUAUCUACCAAAUACAGAUGUGUUAAAAAAAACAAAAAAAAACAGUCAAAAGUAAUAAACUGAGCAAACACAAUAACAACCAUCUGACUCUUUAAAGCUAGGGUUACAUAUGACUUGUUACAUAUAGGUAAUAUGAGACUAGGGACAUUCAAAGCACCCUAAUCACUUCCUCAUAUUGUAGUGGUUCUGGUACAAGUAGUCUUUGUUUGCAUUCCCUGCAAUGUAGUGGUUAUGGAGGCAGGAGUACACUACCACCUCCUCCCACCCCCCCCUUCAGUCUAAGUAGUCAAAUGGUUUAGAACAGUUUAAAGUCUUACCUGCGGUCCGCAAGGAGCAGCUCUUGCCUCUUCUUUUUCGCACUGAAGACCUUGAAGCUCCUGUGGUGUGCUUCCAUUAUCCCCUCUGAGAUAAACCCUAAAGGGCAUGGCCAGCUUUUUUAUACUGCUUUGCAAAACCCCAAUGUUUACAUUGCAGUUCUAACAACUCCUCUAGUGGCUGUUACAGUGUGAAUGUGCGUGUGGCACUCGCACCGCAUGCACAUUAGGUACUCAAUGAUCCUUUAUGAGAAGCAUUGGAUUAGACCCUCACAAUUUUGUGUAUAGAUUGCUUGUCAAACUUAAAAUGUUGUACAUGUUGUUCAAUGUUGAUUUUUCACUUAUUUGUUCAGCCUUCAUAAAAAAAAUUUGGGAAACAAAAAGACUCAGUAUACAGUGUCCUUGAUCUGGUCAUAUUUCACAAAAAUGUCUAAAAUGUUAGCAUAAAAGCUCAAAUGCAAGGUUUCUCACAUACAGUAGGUGUGACGGAAAUCGAUAGCUAAAACGGUCAAAUACCUUGCUUACAGGUAUUCA